CGUAUAAGCUGGUAUACGCACUCAUCUAUACACCUCCUGUGAAUACUGCAGACAAAAAGAGGGCUUCGCCGCAGCUUCAAUCUGAACAAGAUUUGUUUACUUCAAUCCAUUUCAAGUCGCGCACCUACUCAAUUCUUGUAAUCCUUUGUGAUGGCAUCUCAAACUGUGGAUUUAGUUGACGAGGAUGCUGCCGACUUGCAGUUUCCCAAAGACUACACCAUGGUCACUGAAACAGAUUUUGAUGAGCGAUCCUCAGACACUUGCUACAUUUGUGGCAUGUGGCUUCGCGAGCCGUACAUUAACUGCGUUGAGUGUGUCAACACUUUGAUUUGUACGCAGUGUUUUGCAAUUGGUGGAGAACGAGGCCAGCAUCUAAAUUUUCACAAAUACUCUGUUGUUCGCAAUGAAUUCCCUCUGUUGGGUGAUUGGACUGCCAAAGAAGAGCUGGUGUUGCUGGAAUCCAUGAUUGAAUGUGGGGCUGGUAACUGGACUGAUGUUGCCAAAAAACUUACUGCCAGAAGUGAAGAAGACUGCAUCAAGCAUUAUUUUAGUUACUAUGUGGAAAAUUCAGACCUGCAGCUCCAGUUAGGGGAAACAUUUUCCCCCUUGAAAGUCGAAGCAGCACAACCCACACUUUUGACCCCUUAUAAUAGAUAUGUUUCUAAUUUUCGGAAACCAAUUGAGUUAGAGAACAUAGCCGAAGAACAUGGCCAAAAAAAUAGCGUUUCUCGAAAAUUGAAGUUAAAUCCUUACUAUAGACAGUAUCAUCAGCAGUCUCAAAGGACUGAUUUAUCUCGACCUCUCUUUGAAUGUCGAGCUACUCAAUUCAUCCCAGGCUACAAUGCAGCCCGUGGAGAGUUUACAACUGAAUUUGAUGACCAUGCAGAAUUGAUGGUGGCAGAGCUAGAUUGUGAAACUGUUGAACCUGAUGACAAGGAUUAUGAACUUAUAACUGAAAUGCAAGUUGCCAUUGUUCAAGCAUACAACGAGAGACUUAAGGAGAGAAAACGAAGAAAGCAAAUUAUUAGACAACAUGGCCUACUUCUUUUGCAGAAAACUAUUGGGUGGCUUCAAAGAUUUGAGAAUACUAUAGGGAGGGAGAUUGCUGAGAAGAUAACUGGCCUCAUGCGCAUCUUAAGUGGGAAGCGAUUUGAUUUCUUAAUGGAAAGUCUUCAUGUUAUGGGAGAAACUAGAGCAAAAAUCAAACAAUUAAAAGAACUCAGAGCUAAAGGCAUUACAAAUCAUAGGGCUCACAGGAUCUUCUGCUACUUAAGUGAAUUCCGCAAUCAAGCUAAGAAGGAUAUGCCAUCCCUAAGUGCUGCCUCUCUCCCCUGGGGUGGCAACAGUAUUGCCAGUGUGCCCCUACAAACAUCAGCCCCAAGGAAAAAACCUCCACCUCUUGACAUUAUGACACUACCAGGCUAUGAGAAGUUAACCCCUUCAGAAAGAGAAUUAUGUUCAAAUCUUCGCCUUGCUCCUCUUUCAUUUCUUGACUUUAGAGAUAUCCUUGUUACAGAGAGCCGUCGACAUCCUGGUAGCUCUUUGAAGUUAGCUCAAGCACGAGUUCUUAUAAAAAUUGAUGUCAACAAAACUAGAAAACUUUAUGAUUUUUUGCUAAAUGAGGGCUAUUUUACGCAAGGAUCUUAAUUUAAAAAAGAAAAAAGUUACUUGUUACAAAUUCUAUACUUAAGAUUCUAUCAACAUUUUGUUUCUAUUGGAAAUACGUGUCAUGCCCAUGUUUUUUUUGUUUGUGUUUUACAUGACUGGCAUGAUAGCAUGUGAAAGUAAAAGUAUAGUUAAUGUGGGACUUAUCAACACGUGAAUAAAGGCUGUUUAUAUUUUCACUCCUUA